UCUCUCUCUCUCUCUUCUCUCAUGUAGUCUAAGGAACUUCUCCCUUAGUUUUUGAGAACAAAAUCAAUCUCAACCUUCUCAACCUUUUUCCUUUUUUUUUUUUUGCUUCCCCAGCAAAACCCAUCUUCCCAAAAGUGUGAUUUCCACCUAAAUCAAAUCCCCAAAACUUCACUAAAAAUUCAUCUUCUUCUUUUGAUGUUUGUUUGUUGGGUUCAAAAAACCAAUCAAACCAAAGUCAAAAUGAAAUCAGAUUCCUUCUACUUAUAGUUCUAAAUAUGUGUAGUUUAUCUUGGCAAAUGAUGGAGAAUUAUCAAGGUGACUUAGCAGAUAUAGUUCGUGCUGGUGGUGGUGGUAGUAGUACAAACAUCAACCCAAUUUCAGAUUGGCAAUUCUCUUCAGAACCCACAAAUUUUCAGUCCUCAACACUGGAUGAACAACAUGUUGCUGAUGAUUUUGGUGAUCCAUUUGUUAGUUCGCGAGAUCCAUUACUACACGAUCUCGGAAUAUCGAGUUCAUCAUCAUCAUCAUCAAGCUUCUUUGAUCACUCAAAUUCUUCUAAUAACAACCUUGUUAAGAUGAAUGUUCAUCAUCAUCAAGAGAGUAGUAGUGUUACUAAUAGUCUUCUUGCUCAGAAGAUUUUGGAUGAAGAGAUGAGGCCUUGUAAUAUCCUCUCAAGGAUGCUUCAGAUCUCAUCAAACACAAAGAUGCCAGUUUCUUCACCCGGUGGAAACAUGUCGACGACGAUGGUGGCUUCUUCAUCACCAAGGGGAAUUAAGAGUUCUUCUUUAGCUGCAAGUGAUCAUUUACUUAGGGUUAAUGGCUCUACAGGUUGUUCAAUAGAGAAUGCAGGGUUACAGAUCCCCUCACCACGAAAUCCUGGUAUCAAGAGAAGAAAGAGCCAGGCAAAGAAGGUAGUUUGCAUCCCAGCACCAGCAGCUGGAAACAGCAGACCUACUGGCGAAGUAGUGCCAUCAGAUCUCUGGGCAUGGAGAAAGUAUGGCCAGAAACCCAUCAAAGGUUCUCCUUAUCCAAGGGGCUACUAUAGAUGCAGCAGUUCUAAAGGUUGUUCUGCGAGGAAACAAGUCGAGAGGAGUCGAACUGAUCCAAACAUGUUGGUUAUUACCUACACCUCAGAACAUAAUCAUCCAUGGCCAACCCAGAGAAAUGCUCUUGCCGGGUCUACAAGGUCUCAACCAACAAAGAAUAAUGCAGCUUCAAAAAUCUCACCAUCCUCACAAACCCAAAAAUCCACAAAUUUGAAGGAAGAACAGAAAGACAACAAUACUGAUAGUGUGUCCCCAACCACUAUUAAUCCUGAGGGAUUAACUGCUUCCAUGGCUGUUAAGGAGGAAGAGACUGAAUCAGAUAAGGCAGUAGGCAUGAUAGAUGACACUGAAUUCAAUCAGGGUUUCCAUCAGAGUUAUAGACCAGCACCACCAGAUUCUAAUCCAUCUGAUGACUUCUUUGCAGAUUUGGCAGAAUUAGAACCAGACCCUCUAAAUCUCUUGCUUUCUCAAGGAUUUAGUGGAGAGAAAAUGGAUGAAGAAAGAGAAAACAAGGGCUUAGAUCCCUUCACCCUCUUUGAUUGGACAGGAAACAAUUGAUAAUUAGAAAAUCUAGGUGGGGUUUAUGGCAAGACCUUGAUGAAACAAAGCUACUAAUUAAACCUAGUUGCAUUAAUUUGUGGUGGAAUUUCAUUCACUUCAAAGUCUAAGGUCUGGUUAUAAACCUUAAAAUCCAGUAUGAUAUGAUAUGAUAUGAUAUUGAGAGGAAUUCAAUUCUACUUUUUUAUUGUUAUUUACCAGAACAGUCUGCAGAUUAGGGAAAACAGAAUAGAGUGUUUGAUUGAUUGGGAACAGACCCAUGAGACUCACAUUCUAUGGAAUACUGGUGGAUGGGACAGAAAGUUGAGGAACAGAAGCUCUCAACAGUUA